AUGCUAACUGGGAGACAACAAGGAAACUUGCCUAGCACGACUGAAGUGAAUCCAAAGGAACAGUGCAAGGCGAUCACUUUGAGAAAUGGAAAAGAGUUAGAAGCUCCAAUUACUGAAGCUCUCGAACAAAUGCCAAGCUAUGUGAAAUUGAUGAAGGACAUCUUCUCAAAUAAGAAGAGAUUGGAAGAAUAUGAGACAGUAGCCCUUACUGAAGAGUGCAGUGCAAUUCUACAAAAGAAAUUGCCUCCAAAGCUCAAGGAUCCAGGGAGUUUUACUAUCCCUUGUUCAAUUGGAAAUUCUAUGUUUGAAAGAGUUUUAUGUGACUUAGGUGCAAGUAUUAAUCUUAUGCCUUUGUCUGUUUUUAGGAAACUUGGACUAGGUGAGGCGAGACCUACUGCAAUAUCAUUGCAAUUAGCGGAUCGCUCAAUAAAACAUCCAAGGGAAAUUAUUGAGGAUGUGCUUGUUAAGGUGGACAAGUUUAUUCUUCCAGCCGACUUCCUCAUUCUAGACAUGGAGGAGGAUAGAGAAAUUCCUAUUAUUCUUGGCAGACCAUUCUUAGCUACUGGCCGAGCUCUAAUUGAUGUCGAAAGGGGAGAAUUGCGGUUGAGAGUACAAGAGGAAGAGGUAACCUUUAAUGUUUUUGAUGCCAUCAAGUAUCCGGAUACAAGUGAGAGUUGUUUCAGCAUCUGA